UAAUUAAUUCAGAGUCGGGUCUGCAGUUGUUGCUCGGAGACUUGUGUAAGUUUGCGGUGUUGCUCGUGUCCUGAGCCAUGGCGCUCGCCAUCUUCAUCCUUCAGCUGGUCGUCUACAUCGUGGCCUUCCCCAUGUACUUCCUGCACUUUCUGGGCUUGUGGAGCUGGAUAUGCAAAAGAUGGUUUCCCUACUUCUUGUCGCGGUUCUCGGUGAUGUACAACACGCAGAUGGCCAGCCGGAAGCAGGAGCUGUUCGGCCACCUGCAGGAGUUUGCGGGGCCCUCGGGGAAGCUGUCCCUGCUGGAGCUGGGCUGCGGCACGGGAACCAACUUCAAGUUCUACCCGCCCGGGUGCAGGGUGACCUGCAUCGACCCCAACCCCAACUUCGAGCGGUUCUUGUUCAAGAGCCUUGUGGAGAGCCGCCACCUGCAAUUCGAGCGCUUCGUGGUGGCGGCCGGGGAGGACAUGCGGGAGGUGGCCGACGGCUCGGUGGACGUGGUGGUCUGCACCCUGGUGCUGUGCUCCGUGCGCAACCCCGAGCAGAUUCUCCGAGAGGUGCACAGAGUGCUGCGGCCGAGAAAAAUGUCUUCAGAUAACCAGUGGUCAGCAGGUAAGGAUGAAGGCCCAUUUUCCCGAUUGAUCAGGAAGUCUAAGGACUCCCCGUUUGUCCCUGUAGGUCUAGCAGGUUUUGUGACUGUGGUGUCAUAUGGGCUUUACAAGUUAAAGUACAAAAGAGAUGAGAAAGUAUCCAUUCAUCUAAUUCACAUGCGAGUUGCUGCCCAAGGAUUUGCUGUAGGAGCUGUGACUCUAGGUGUUCUCUAUUCUAUGUAUAAGGAUUACAUUAGACCUCGAUUCUUCAAUGUGUCCAAAAAAUGAAGCUAUAGGCUGGAAGCAAGAAAGACAAGAGCUUCCGGCAAUCCUAUGAAGAAUGAAUUUUCAGUGUGUAGCAAACUAUACUGAAGAAGUAUUACACAGAACUCUCCUAGGUUUUGUAUUAAGUCUCAAAUGUUUAAGAAGUUGACUUCCAAAUCCACAGCAGUUGGCUAAGAAACAUUCCUUCUUUAUUUUGGUAGUGGGUUUUAGGUAGGCAUUCCACUAUUGAGCCAUGCCUCCAGAA